CGGAGUAUUAUGGUCUGGGCUGCGCUGGCGGCUGCCUGUGUGCUGCGAGCGGCCGCGUAAACAUGGAGCUCUCGGCCGUCGGGGAGCGCGUCUUCGCGGCCGAGGCCCUGCUCAAGCGCCGCAUCCGCAAAGGGCGCAUGGAAUAUCUCGUAAAAUGGAAGGGCUGGUCUCAGAAGUACAGCACUUGGGAACCCGAGGAGAACAUCCUGGAUGCCCGGCUGCUCGCGGCCUUCGAGGAGAGCUUUGGUUCUUUUGACACCUCUAGGGAGCGAGAAAUGGAGCUAUUCGGGCCUAAAAAGCGCGGCCCCAAGCCCAAAACCUUCCUGCUAAAGGCCCAGGCGAAGGCCAAAGCCAAAACCUAUGAGUUCCGCAGCGAUUCAUCCAGGGGGAUCCGGGUGCCGUACCCCGGGCGAUCCCCGCAGGAGUUGGGCUCCACGUCCCGUGCACGGGAAGGACUCAGGAAUAUGGCCCUGACCCCGCAGGGCAGCGGCAGCAGCAGCGUGCCCAAAGCGGACGGCGUGCGGGACCGCGUCCUCCGGGUGGAGGAGAAACCCGGGGAGACACCUAAAAAACGGGGCCCGAAACCCAGGAAGGAGCUGUAUAAGGACCUGGCGGAGAGUCUGGACGCCUCCAAGAGGAAACUGGGGGAGCCGGGGGACAAAGUGGGGGAUUACCUCAAGGCCAGGAAGAUGGAGGAGGCGGCGGGCGCCGCCAAGUUCUCCUCGGGACACAGCGUCAUCCAGCUGGCACGCCGACCAGAGCCCGACCUCAGCGGCGCCGUGCCCGGCCCCAACCGCCUGGAGGUGGGCAGCAAGCUGGGCACCGCCGACCCCUAUGCACCACGUGUGGCCAAACACCGCUCCGACCUGCUGGACCCCAAAGGGCCGGGCGGGCUGGACCCCAAAUUGCUGCACGGAGCCAUGGGGCCCGGCCCCGGGGGGGGGCUGUUCCGUGAUGGCGGGGGCCCUGCAGGGCGGCCCUCCCUCAUCGCCCGCAUCCCGGUGGCCCGGAUCCUGGGGGAUCCCGAGGAGGAGUCGUGGAGCCCCUCGCUCAGCAACCUGGAGAAGGUGGUGGUCACCGAUGUGACCUCUAACUUUUUGACCGUCACCAUUAAGGAGAGCAGCACGGACCAAGGAUUCUUUAAGGAGAAGCGAUGAGUUCCCGCUGGUGGUGGUGCUGGGGCUUUUCUUCGGGCUAGAUCCAGACAAAAGCUUGGUCAGAGCUUGGUGGGCUUUUUUUCCUUUUCUUCUUUUGAUUUUGAUUUUUGUUUUUUUUUUUUUUGUUAAUUUCCUGGAGAGGAUUUAGAAACUGUCCUAAAUUCAUUCCCUCAUUCUUCUUUUUUUUGUUUGUUUGGUUUUUAUUUUUUCCUCCACGUCUCACAUUUCGUUGGAAAGAUUAUCUCUAGAGUUAUAUUUUCUAUUAGAUGUAAAUAUGUUAUUUAAGAAGAAAAUGCUUAUAUAUAUAUCUAUAUAUAUAUUUCAACUCUGAGUUGUUUUAUUUAAAUGGAGAC